GUAUAGACAUAGUGGUGACUUGCUUCGCGUUUAAUUAGUUUGCUAAAAUCGCGCUGUGGAGCGAACGCGCGUCGCUACAGCGGCACUGUAUCGAAAGCUUGUGUUAAAACUAUUUAUUUUGAAAACUCAUUAAUUAUUAUUAACAAAAAUAAACACCGUUUCAUAACCGUCUUAUAAAUCGCGUGUUAAGUUUUUAUAGUAUUUUUGUGACACAAUGUCUGAAAAUCUAGUCAAUAACAACAGUGUUGGAUCGCCGGAGUCCCACAAGGUGCCAAAAGCUGUGGACCUGAAUGAUAUUGAAAUGGUGUUUGGAACUCCCACCACUCCCAAGAGGAGUCCGCAACCGGACGUUCAUCUUAUCACAAAUGAGAAGAAACAUGGAAAAGACACACACUCGCUCAACGGCAAGCAGGGCGAGAGUGACACGGAGGCCACGCCGUCCACGCAGCCGCUGUUGGAGCCGGACAAAGGGCGGAACAAGCCGCCUCUCGCUGGUCCAGAGAUAGACGACCUCGAUGACGACCACCACACCGCCGUGACUCCGUACCCCGGCAUCGACGACGGGCUGCUGGAGCCCAAUGGGAAAUCACCGGGACAUGACGAAGACAAAGAAAAGCACGGUGACGACGGGUCCCACGACACGGUUCCGACGCGGGACGACGGCGUCGGCACGGAAGACGGUAAAUGGCCCUGGACGUCCACCGACGAGACGGACUAUCCGGGAUACGAUGGGUUCAGCGGAAUCGGUCCACGUUUUGGCGUGGACGACCGGCCAGGCUCGCCUAUGGCUCCCGGGUCGAUACCAGACGUGAACACCUACCAGCAGAAGAAGAACUUGGCGCAGGGUAUGAUGGACCUGGCGCUGCUGUCGGCCAACGCCAACCAGCUGCGCUACGUGCUGGAGUCCUCCACCGCGCACCCCUACUACUACCCCAGCCUCACCUUUAUCUCGCUCAGUAUCAUCUUCCAGGUUGCAGUGGGCAUCGGCCUGAUAAUGAACAGUCGCUACGACGUAAAGGACGAGAAAGACAUUUGCAAGGCGGACAAGAUCAACAACAUGACUGUGCUGGGCGUCUUCCUCGUCACCAUCAUCAACGUAUUCAUCACCUCCUUCAGUGUGGCCUCUCCCACCGUGCAAGUAGCUGGCACUGGUCAGGUCAUACAACAGGCAGGAUAGUACCUGCUAGACCUCACUUUAAUAGAACAGCCAGUGCUAAAAUGUCACAAACGCGUUCCUCGUCGCAAUCAGAUUCGGCGUGCAAGCCACUGGCAAUGGCCAGGUCUUACAACAAGCAGGGUAGUGCCUGCUUGAUGUCACUAUAAUAGAACAGCCAGUGCUCAAAUAGCACUGUAAGGUCCCUUGUCCUUACCGUAGUAGCAGUAAGUCACCGUCUCACCACUACACUAUAAUGGCCAGCAGCACUCGUCCGCCUCCUCUCGAUGCCAGCAAUAGACUGCCCCUCUCUCGCCCACUACCGGUGUAUAUAUAGACAAACACUACAGGCACAAUCGGGAUCCUGGUCGCAAUCACAUUCAGCGUUGCCUCUUCCACUGUACAAGCCACUGGCACUAGCCAGAUCAUACAACAAGCAGGUUAGUGCCUACUGGGCGUCACUUAGAACAGCCAGUGCUCAAAUAUCACGCGUUCCUCGUCGCAAUCAUAUUCAGCGUGCUUGGAUCUCGCUCCAGUUUACUUCGGGCCGGCGCUACUGGCACUAGUCAGGUCAUACAAAAAGUGUGUGUGCCUCCCGUAUGUCAUUAAAAUAGAAGUGCCAGUGCCUAAAUAUUACUUUUACAUACUUACUAGUAGGUAUUCAUCGUAAAAGAAAGUAUUUGCUACAUUAUUCUGAGGUAAUGGAUUUUCCAUUUCCCCGUACCAUUAUGGUACUCUUUGUAUAAAGAUUUUAAUUAGAUUUAAUUGCUCAAAGCUAAGUAGGUUAUUAUACCUUAUGAAGACUUUUCGUAAGCUCGCAUUUAUUAAUUAGGCUAUAAGUUGUAUUAUUUGUAGAAUCUCGUAAGAAUCUGUAUAUUUACUAGAUAUUAGAUACAUAGUGCUUUUGCAUGAAUUAUUUUUUUAACAGUUUUGUAAAUUGUAUAUUUAUUAGAAUUAAUAAUAAAAUGUACAUACACUGAAUUAUUGGUUUCAUUUGAUAACGACAUAAAGAGAGUUAGUAUAAGUUGAACCUGUACGGUAUAUUGUAUAUGUGGCAUUGUACAACAAGAAGGGUAACUUAUAUCUGAAGGGACCGCAUAUGAUGCGACUUAAAUAUAUUCUAAUUAUUUUAAGCGAUUAAUCAAAAUUAUUGUCAUUUAUUUAGAAAAACAGGUCAAUGAGCCUUCCUCUAUGAGCACAUUGCACAGCUGAGUGAUAUAAAUAAAACAAUAGUUUCUGUAGAAUCCAAAUGUAUUGAAUACAAAACAAAUCCGAUAAAAUCGACAGGUGGCAAUUUCAUAAUAUUCUAUUAGUUAAUAGUUCUCAAAAUGUCCGUUGGCACGGACAGACUUACCGACUGACCAACAAACUGUAUUUCAAAACCUCACGCGUCUCCACUUUACUUCACAAAUUAAUCUAAAUUACAUAAAAAUUGAUGAACACGUCUGUAGAAACGCGUUCCGCCAAAGAAUCAAUGAAAAUGUUCUAGGAAAUGUAAAAUCAAUGUUCUAUAAUCGAAUUAAUAUAAUUCCUUUAGGUUCUAACUCUUUUCAGCAAGCUUAUUAUGUAACUCGAUCAAACUCUGAACUACAUCGUUAUAAUAAGUCACUACAUCGUUUUUCGUCAUAUUUUCGUAUAAGCAAUUAUCUAACAUCGUAUUCUCAACGAAAUGACAUGAGUAUCUUCUUUUACGUAAUUUCGUUGAAAUAAUCAUGUUAGAUGAUCGUAAAACGAAAAAUCACCGCCACUUGAUGUAAAAUGACGUAAUCAAGAUCAUUUCGUUGAAAUAACUAUGUUAGAUGAUCACAAUUACAAAAAUACGAUGAAAAACGAUGAAGGGACUUAUUAUUUCAAUUUUUCAGUGGCUGCACAAUUUAGUGGUACGAUUUGUGGGUUCCAGUCUUUUUGAGCUAUAGACCAAUUGAUUUUACAAAUGCAGGAAAAUGUAUAAUCAGUUUCACAAUAUAAAAAAUAAUAUAUUUGAAUAAAGAAUAUAUUUAAAAGGUAAAAAAAAAAAAAACUUU